AUGCGCCGUGAGCAUAUUCGUGCUUGUCCUCUUUGGAGAAACGAGGCACCGCGAUAUGACUGUGUGUUUGUGAACACCGAUGCAGGUAUCGAAGGGAUGGGGGGGAUGGAAAUAGCACGAGUGAUGUGUUUUUUCUCUUUGACAUUCGAGGCAGUUUCAUACCCAUGCGCUGUGGUGCAUUGGUUCGACAAAGCCGAUGAUAGACCCGACGAGGACACUGGGAUGUGGAUAGUGCGACCUUCAUAUGAUGCCAACCAUUCUCCAUCAAUUGGAAUCAUCCACAUUGAUUCUAUUUAUCAUGCUGCACACCUCAUCCCAAUCUAUGGAACACAUACCAUCCCACAGGACCUCAAACACUAUGACUCGUAUGAUGCUUUCAGAGUGUUCUAUAUAAACAAGUUUGCAGAUCAUCAUGCAUUCGAGAUCGCAUCUUAG